UAGUAGGCACACCUCCAAAUAAUAGUUAAGUGAAAACAAACGUGUUUUCCUGCUCGUGGUAUAUAAAGCGAGAACAACUAGUUUUUUAUUUAGUUAGUAAAGGUCUUAAUUAAAAGCAAAUAUUAUUUUUUAAUCACUAAUCAAAAUGAAGCGUGUGUAUACCAAUACCAAUAAAACUUAUAUUUCAGUGGCUAAAAGGUAUAUCCCAGAUUCAACUAGCAUCGACGGCUUAAAAAUGCAAGCUAAAUCGGUUAUUUUAAAACAAUGGAAGUUGAUUAAUCAAUUGAAAAUAUAUUUUUCAAAAUUUGCACACGAUAGUAAUAUAGAAAACGUUUUAAAUAAGGAAUUUGCCAAGUUUUUACAAAAAAUCGAUCCUAAAAUUUAUGGUAAUGAUUUUGUACAACAGUUUUCUUCAACCAUAUCUGUUGAUAAUUCACAAGAAAAAUCCGAUGCUAAAGGAAUAGAUAAAGACAAAGGAGGUAUUUCCUUUCCAAAUAUUUUUAGUAAUAUGUGGAAAGAGGAAACAAAAUCAGUAACCAUUCCAAAAUGGAAAACAGAGAAACCAGCAGUGUCUAAGGAAUUGGUGGCAGCAAGGACAAAAAGUAUUGUGUCAUCCCUUGCAUUAGCAGAAUCUGAUAAAUGGAGGCUGUAUGAACUAGAAAAUCUCAUUACACAUCUGAAACAAUACCCUGAAGCAAAACAUUGUGCAGUUAAAGAAGGAGCAAUUAGAUUACUUUUGAGAUUGAGCUACAAAGGUAAAAAGAAAUCUAUUCAAGGCCCUCUUAAUGAGGCUCUUUCUCUCAUUGGUCAUGCUCAUCCAGUUAGAGGUGAAGGCAUACGCAUUUUAUCUAUUGAUGGUGGGGGAACAAGAGGAAUUCUUGUAAUUGAGAUGCUAAGAAAAUUAGAAGAGUUAAGUGGUAAGCCAGCUUACGAAAUGUUUGAUAUGAUUUGCGGUGUCAGUACGGGAGCUAUUAUUGGCGCCCUCAUAGGAUUGAAACAACAUACACUUGAUGAAACGACAGAAAUUUAUCGAUCAAUUAGUUCUCGAGUUUUUACUCAGUCAACAUUAAAAGGUACCAGUAGUCUUGUAUGGUCACAUUCAUAUUAUGACACUGAACUGUGGGAAAAAUUACUACAGGAACAAAUGGAUAGUACAUUAAUUCAGACAGCUCGCAACUCAAAAACACCUAAGUAUUGUGCAGUAUCAGCCGUUGUAAAUCAUCCAAGAUUGGCAGCAUAUGUUUUUAGGAACUACUCUUUACCAUAUAAUGUGCAAUCUCAAUAUAUGGGUGGCUAUGACCAUCAAGUUUGGGAAGCUGUUAGGGCCUCUGCUGCAGCACCUACGUAUUUUGAAGAAUUUAAAAUAGGGAACAUGAUUCUUCAGGAUGGGGGUAUUCUUGUUAAUAACCCUACAGCUGUUGCAAUACAUGAGGCUAAACUUUUAUGGCCUACAACACCUAUACAAUGCGUAGUUUCUUUUGGAACAGGGCGAACAGUCCCAAAUCCUAUCGAGAUUAAAGUUCCUACGAACAAUAAUACAUCAUGGAAGCAUAAGUUUCUGGCUAUAUUAGAUAGUGCAACAGAUACGGAAGGCGUUCAUACAAUGUUGUCAGAUUUGUUACCAGAGGGUGUUUAUUAUCGAUUUAACCCAUAUUUAACAGAAAUGCUUGAAAUGUCUGAAAUUGAUCCUGUAAAAUUGGAACAAUUAAAGAGGGAUGCUAUUAUGUAUUUGCGACGAAACGAAGACAAAUUUCAAUAUGCGAUAAAGAAAUUAAGCGUUCGACGAAACUAUGUUCAGAAAUCAAUGGAUUGGAUUAAUGUACAAAAGCAAAUUUAUGCGUGAAUUUUUCUGUUAAGGAUAGAAUAGUAAAUACUCAAAUAGGUAUAGUUACCUAUAUUAAUAGAGCUGUGAUUUGUUGCCUUUUUGUCUUAUACAAUUGAUAUUGUCUACUUUAAAUAAUUUUGUCCAUAUAUUUUUAGAUUUAUAUUUGUGAAAUAUAAUAUUUAAGAUAAAUAAAGAUCAUUUAUUUGCAA